AUGGGUCGCUUCCAACGCACGUACGCUUUCGCCGCAGCACUCGCCUUUGCUGCCAAGAAUGCUGCUGGCGCUUUCACGAUUGGCAGUCCCUCUGGGCUAGGCGCUGGUACCACGGGAGGAGCUGGCGGAGAAGCCGUGUACCCUACUUCAAGCCCGAGCUGCAUGGCGGAGAACAACGGCUGCAAGGGCCAAGAUGUGAUCCUCCAGGACGGUGGCAUGAACAACACGGGCGGCUGCACGAACGGCACGGAAGUGAUGGUCACGUACGACACCGCUGGAAUCCAGCGCGUGCUUGUGGGGGACAACAAGACCAUCCGUGGCAUUGGCAAGAACGGAGUGCUGAUCGGCAAGGGACUGUCGCUGCGCAACAACGUCAUCGUCCAGAAUAUCCAUAUCACGGAACUCAACCCACACUUGGGCAAGACGGUGGGCACCAACGUCUGGAUUGACCACGUGAAGGUGUCGCGCAUCAGCCGCCAAAUGGUCGUGACGAACAGCGCUGGUGUAUCUGGAAUGACCGUCAGCAACUCGGAAUUCGACGGCAACACGGACUUUUCCAUGUCGUGCAACGGACACCACACGUGGACCUUCCUGUUCUACGAAAAAAAACACAGCCGUCACCAUGGUCAACAAUCACAUGAUGAAGGCGUACCCGAACAUCGUCGACUACAUGACAAAACGGUGCGUUCUACCGGCCUGGAGGAGGCGCAUGGGAAGAAGGGCACUUCCAAAACCGACGACACCUACUGCGGGAUGACCCUGACGCCUGUCCAUGGGCGCGACUUGGCCAAAAUGUGGGCCCAGACGACCGGAAACUUCGGUGUUGGCAAGUUGGACUGA